AGACAACAAAGCUGGAACAGGAUUGGACUGCAUGAGAGAAAGACGUGACAGAAAAAAGUUGAUGGAUUGAUAGAUUUUUAGCACUGAAGUGAAAAAUUGAACAGUGGUGUCAAAACUUGCUGGAUGUUUAGUUUGCAUCUUCUUUGAUGUUGUUGCUAUAACUGCAGUGGAACAUUUACAAUCAAUAACCUAGCGACCAUGCAGUCCUCAUCUAUCUCUGAUGAUCACACUGGUCAAGUAAUUGGAGUAAAAGGUGCAAACACAUCCAGGUACGUUCAUAGUUUAGCUGAAUGGCCUCAGCUUGCCAAAGACAAACAGUGAGGGAGUGGAAAAGAGGAGCGAGGAAGAAACUAGGGCGCUGUUAUCUGGCCCCUUUUUUUUUACCAACCACCAGGCACACGGCAGAGAAAGGAAACGAAAGAACCUUGGAGAGCAGGAGAGGCGAGAGGACAUCAGCCGUGUGCCGAACACGAAAAACGUCUGAAGUCCACAUCUGACGUCAAAGACCAAAGAAGGGGAACAACUUCAGUUGCAGUCUGCGCCAUCACUCACUCAGCACUUCUCACCCUCCUGCCACGCACAACAUGUGCACGCUCGUGCACACUUCUACAACCUACCACACACACUGAGCGGCAACAUGUUUGAGGAGCAGGUGACCAAAGUCAAGAUCAUAUCUGUGGUGAUUGUCAUUGGGAUGUCGGCCAUGCUGGCUGCAGUGGUGACUGACCACUGGGCUGUCCUCAGCCCCCGUGUAGAAAAGCUCAACGCCACAUGCGAGGCGGCCCACUUUGGCCUCUGGAGGCUUUGCAAGAAGACCAUCUUUAUAGUGAAAGAGGACCCUCAGGGCAAAGGAUGUGGCCCUAUCAGCUUACCUGGAGUAAGAAACUGCUCCUACUUCAAACACUUCACAUCGGGCGAGGAAGCCAAGGUUUUUGAAGUGAAGACCCAGAAAGAGUACAACAUCUCAGCAGCAGCCAUCGCCAUCUUCAGUCUGUUCUUCAUGAUCCUGGGCACUCUGUGUGUCAUCUUCUCCUUCGGGAAGGGCCGAGACUACUUGCUCCGGCCUGCUGGAAUGUUCUUUGCUUUUGCAGGUCUUUGCAUCAUCAUUGCUGUUGAGGUGAUGCGUCAGUCCGUCAAGCGAAUGAUCGACAGCGACGAGACCGUCUGGAUCGAUUACUACUACUCCUGGUCGUUUACCUGCGCCUGUGCAUCCUUCACCCUCCUCAUCCUCGGCGGAGCGGCUCUGCUCCUCAUCUCCAUGCCCCACAUGCCCCGGAACCCCUGGGAGACCUGCAUGGAUGCUGAGCCCGACACCUUGGAUUAGGACUUAGUAAGAAAACCUGUUAAAUGAAAAAAAAAAUCAGGAAAAUAUCUAUACAAUAAUAUUUAUAAUAAUAAUUUAAAAAGGAAAGAAUUUGGAUUAAUUAGAAAAAGAAUUGCAAUUCCUCUGAAAUUACCCUGUUUCAUUUUUUGUUGUGAAUAUUUUUUAUUUUAUGGAAAUUCAUCAAUUAAUUGUUAAUCACRCCUGCUGGUUUCAAGUUGGUGAAAGUAAAAUAAUAAACUUCUGCAUGAUCAGUUUUGAAAUAAUCUAACAUUGGCGUUUUCUUUAUAUCAUGUAUAUACUGACUAGAAAUAAAAUUUUUAGUUUUCA